CAUCCCUCUAUGUGCGCAUGUGCAGACCAGGUAGACAGAAAACAUAAUGGCAACGUCCAUGAGUGGGAUGUUCUCCGGUCAGCAGCCGCCCGUUGUGCAUCCCGUCGGGGGUCCAGGUGGACCGGGCCAGCCAGGCUUCCCCGGUACUGCCACCAGACCUCCGGGAAACAACACGCUGGUGGAUGAACUGGAGGCUUCAUUUGAGGCAUGUUUUGCGUCUCUGGUAAGCCAAGACUACGUCAAUGGAACUGACCAGGAGGAGAUUCGGACCGGUGUUGACCAGUGCAUACAGAAGUUCCUGGAUGUAGCUCGACAGACAGAGUGCUUCUUCUUACAGAAAAGGCUUCAGUUGUCUGUGCAGAAACCAGAGCAGGUGGUGAAAGAGGAUGUGUCAGAGUUACGUAAUGAGCUACAGAGGAAAGAAUUACUCGUUCAGAAACACUUGUCCAAACUGCACCACUGGCAACAAGUGCUGGAGGAUGUGAGCGUUCAGCACCGCAAACCCUCAGACCUUCCACCUCCGGGACCACUGGCCUUUUUGGAGCAGGCCUCUGCAAGUCUGCCCCCUGCCCCUUUAAAACCUAAUUAACACAGCAGAGGUGCGGUAACAUUAGUCUUCUGUUAGAUUAAACAGUUCGACACCCAGAAUGUCAUGUUGAGCUCUGACCUGCAAGUUAUCUAAAGUUACCUAGGAAGCACAUGUCUGCAAUCAUCAAUCAUACAGGCUUGAUUUGAAGUGAAUGGGAGAUGGAGCAAAUAUUUGCAGGACUGAAGUGUAAUGUGACCGUACCCAAACAUUGAAGAAGAAACCACACACCGUGUACGUCGUGUGAUGCCUGCUUUCAGGUGUCAACCUAUGAGAAAACCGAAGAACAAUUGCCCGGCUGUGGAAAAAUUACAACAUAGUUUUAUUUCAACUUUAAGCAUUUUGAUUUAUGUAAAUAUUUCUGUUGCCAACUAUUUUUUUUACUGUAAA